AUGGAUCUCCUCACCGUAACCCUGGCUCUCUUGGUUCUCCUGACCCCAGCCUGGGGCUUCGACAUGGGCCAGUCGACCCGCUGUGUGCCCAUCCCCCACCAGAUGAGUGUGUGCCAGGACGUGGGCUACUCGGAGAUGAGGCUGCCAAACUUCCUGGGCCACAGCAGCCUGGAGGGCGAAGUGGUUCCCCGCUCGGAGGACUGGAGACCCCUGCUGCAGACUGGCUGCCAUCCCCAUGCCCAAGCCUUCCUCUGCUCCCUCAUCGCCCCCAUCUGCCUCGACACGUUUAUCCAGCCGUGCCGUAGCCUGUGCGUGGCCGUCAGGGACAGCUGUGCCCCAGUACUGGCCUGUCAGGGCCACGUCUGGCCAGAGGCGCUGGACUGUGACCGUUUCCCUGCCCAGGAGGACAUGUGUCUGACCCCCCACCCCAAACACAGUAACAGCCACCUCGCCAAAGCAUUGCCUCAGCCUGCAUGCCAAGCCUGUCCUUCCGUGGAGGAGCACCCUACACUGAAGACAGUUCUGGACGCUCUGUGCCAGGAUGACUUUGCUGUAACAGCCAAGCUGUCUCGCCGGCGCCGGCCCUCGGGGGAGCCAGAGUUUGAGGUGGAGGGCCGAGUAGAGUUUAUCCGCCAGGGCCCCCUGCUUCCCUACGACACCCAGUACCUCCUCCAGCAGUGGCUGCUCAUUAACCUACGGUGUGCCAACGCCCUAGUCCGGCCCGGCCGCGCCCAGCUCUACCUGCUGACUGGGGCGGUGGAGCCAGAAGGCACCCUGGCCCUCACCCGCCUCUUCCCAUGGCACAAGAAGGACCACAGCAUCGCAGUUGCCACGCGCAAGUGGAAGCACCACAAGUGUUGA